GAAUAGAAUGCAACUGUAGAACUGCAGUAGAAGAAGGUCAUUAUUUUUUACUGGGGACAAACAUGGCUACAAUAUUUCGAACCACUAUUAGAAAAUUUCAUUCCUCUUCUCCACGAUUGAACACUGUCCUUCAUCCUCCAAAUCCCAAGGAAUAUGAGGGUGCUGUGAAGACAUGGAGAAAUCUGACAAUCUUUGUAGCUUUUCCUGCUAUUGGUUUGUGCAUGGUUAAUGCCUACUUAGGUGAAAAAGAACAUCUGGAACAUUUUCAUAGAGAUGAGUUUAUCCCUUAUGAGCAUCUUCGUAUUCGUAGGAAAAGAUUCCCCUGGGGAGAUGGCAACCAUACUUUGUUUCAUAACCCCAAGGUUAAUCCUUUGCCUGAUGGAUUUGAAGACAUAUAAGAAGCAUGUAACGCCUUAAUUUUUGUAGUUUAAUCUUGAAAUUGUAUCUAUAAUAAUUACUGAAUUAAAACUGAGAAUUCCA